AGGCCUCCCACCCACAGGUUUCCUGUUCCUGGCUGACGACAGAGAUGUUUUCUUCUACUUUCAUAUCCAGCUCAGCACAGCACUGAGCAAAGGGCACUUCUUUGUGGGUGUCUUUUUGCAAAGUGAGCAAUUUCAUUUCAAGGGAAAGAAUAAGCAGGUUAUCAGCACACACUCUGAAGAAGGGUCAUGGGACGCAGCCAGCAUCUCUUGUGUGCAACCUUCCUCUUUGGAUUGCUCUUCUCCAAAGGUAUUGCUGAGGAAUCCAUCACAGUGAAGCAGCAAAAGAAUGACAUUGUCCUCUACUGUGAAGCGGAGGAUAAAAACCUCCCAAUAAGCUGGAAUAAAGAUGGGAAUGCGUUAAACCAUGGAAACUCUAGUCUGUCUUUGGGUGCCAUCCUGGAUGACCCGAGAGGUGUCUUCGAGUGCAAUAGUGCACGUCUUCAGGUGUUCGUCCGAAUGUGCCAGAAUUGUAUUCGUCUGGACGUUGCCGCGAUCAUGGGGAUUCUGCUGGCCAGCAUCGUGGCUACGUUUUUCCUGGCUGUUGGCGUAUACUGCAUUGCUGCGGGGGAGCCGGGCCGACGAUCUCAGGCUUCUGACAAGCAGACCCUAUUAGCCAAUGAGCAGCUCUACCAGCCUCUCGGAGAACGCAACAAUGGGCAGUACAGCCACAUCGGAGUGGCCAAGACCCGCCACCGGUGAGAAGGGGACAAAGCGUUCUUCCUCUGAUGUGGCAGCGAAGAGUGAAUUGCUGAUGGCUCCUCCUUUGGCCAUGGGGAGCUCAAAAGGGAAGGUUGCUUCAAGCUAUAGUUAACGGUGUAGAAAUAGUUUGACUCUUGCUGUGCUUUCAUUUCAAAAUGUAACCCCUGUUCCUACUAUUGAGCUGGCCUCCGUUUGUUCUUCCUUUCCCCCAACUUUCCCCUCUGAUUUGAAGGGGCUCCAAUAACUAAGAAAGCCAAAAGGGCUUUUGUUGUUUCUGCAGCGAUCCACUUUGAACAUGGUCUGUUCGCUCUGAGCUGUUUUAUAGCAAGCAAUGCAUCAAUAGAAUGAAAUCAAUAAUA